AUGGAGGGUUUUGAGAAGUUGCGCGGUGUCGGCAGGCUGGAACGUUACUCGACAGCUCGCCAUGACCUGAAGUUCUAUCUGGGGCCAGCAGUCACAGCCUCAUACAAGCUCCCGAACAGCCGCUCUGAUCAGUUGAGGGCUUGUGUCUACAAGGCUUUAGGAGAUGUUAUCACUCGACAUCCGAUUCUCUCAGCCAUCCCGGUGGACGAGAAUACCCAGGAUCCAUACUUCAUUCGGCUACCAGAAAUCAAUCUCGACAAAUGUGUGUUCUUCCAAACACGACACCUAGAUUACGACCCGGAUGCUGGUGAUGAGCGAGAUGGUGAACUAGACGAGCUUCUGGGUACCCAGCAUAGCGUCCCCUACGAGCCGCCAAACCCUUUUUGGAGACUAUUCGUCCUGACAAGCUCUGCUCGACCCUCUGAGUUCACUGCAUCUUUCUUCUACCAUCAUGCCCUCGGCGAUGGCAUUUCAGGAAUGGCAUUUCACAGGACCUUUCAUAGUGCUUUGUGCCAGGUCCUCUCGAACCUCGAAACUGACUCUCCUUCAACGUCAGUCAUCACAUCGCCCUCAACGCCGUUACUGCCUAGUCUUGAAUCCGCCCACCCACUACCUAUCUCAACCUGGCACAUCCUGACCGUACUCUUCAAGCACAAAAUCUGGUCGCCCAGCCGCGACCCUGGUCUCUGGACAGGUUCGAAGUGUAUCACACCAUUGGGACGUACAGGUGCUCGUCAUCUCGCCCUCUCAGCCUCGAGCACAACGGCGCUCAAGAAAAUUUGCCGUAAGAACGGCACCACCAUCUCCGGAGCACUCCAGACUUUGAUCGCUGGGGCACUCUUUGCCAAUCUGCCCGAAAAGUUCACCAAGGUGGCAUGUAGUGGCGCGCUUUCUGUCCGUGGAUUUCUCCCUGCGGACGCUGGGGUCACGGAGGACAGCAUGGGGGUUUGGGUCCAAGGCAUGUCCGACACAUACGCUCGAGACCACUUCUCCACUCAACACGGAGACUCGGAUAAGGGAGCACAUGAUCUGUUACCAUGGCCCGAAGCCCGGCGAUCCCGCCAGAACAUUGAACGCGUCUUGAGCUUGAAGGGCCACAAUACAGACGUUGGCAUGCUCCGGUUCGUGCAGGACUACCAACAGGAACUAUUUCUCUCCAAGGUCGGCAAGGACCGGGACUCGAGCUUCGAGGUGUCUAACCUAGGCCUGUUCAAGAAGCAGCCGCCUUCAGGGGACGUCGAAGGAGUGGAAAUGGGGAGGAUGGUAUUCACGCAGAGCGCCGGCGUGACGGCGAGUGCGAUCCAAGUGUCCGUCGUUACGGGGGCUGAUGGAUGUUUGGUGCUAGGAGUUACAUGGCAAAAGGAGGUCGUGGACGACGACCUUGUCGAGAAGGUGUUGAAGAGCGUCAAAGAAGAGGUCGAGCGCUUAGCAAGCAAUGACGGCGCCUCUUCAUGA